ACCGCAAGUACUACGCCUACAUCCUUCAUUGCAUACAGUUUCCAUUAAACGCGGAGAACCAGCUAGUAUGUCACUGGUUGUGUGUGCUGAUCCACGUCCACAUCGUGUAGCUUGGGAAUGGGGUUCAUUGCGAUUGGAGGCUGGCAACGGAAUCGAACGUUUUCAUGCCGAUGAUAUACUGCCAGACUCACGCGAAGAUUGUUACUUAUCCACAUUGCAUAUUGAGCGCACCGAUGAACAUGAUUCACGUCCUUAUUACUUGGUUGUGGAGAAUGAACGCGGCACCGAUCGUCAUGCCAUACAUUUGAAUGUGGAGGGUACGUUUGCAGAACCUUUGGAGAUGAGUUAUUUGCUGGGCAUUGCCGGUGGUUGCGUUGCCGCCAUUUUGAUUUUAAUCUGCCUCUGCAUUUAUGCAGUACGCAGUAAAAAAUGCUGCUUCAAAGAGAUGGAAUCUUCUAAAGAUGCUGUGAAAGAAUGCCCGAUUCAUAAUGUUCGAUACCACCCUUUCUCAAGUUUACGCAGGUACAAUGCUCUUGCAUAUGCCAAACUUGCGAUACAGUACGGCUACGAACUAAACCUUAAACCCUAUAAUUAA